CAGUAUCUUCCAGUCCGUGUUUUACCUCUGACCCUAACGGUGUAAGGCCCGUCCGAAUACACUGCUGCAGCAUGGGACACUCACACACCCACAACUUCUGUUCCCUGUAAUAAAGACUGUCGGAACGACCCAAGGAGAUGCUGAGGAAACAUUUUGAGCACUGGAAUUAUUAGAAGUGGAAGUCAGGAAUCUCAGGAGGCGAUGGAGUUGGGCCGAUCUUAUUUCAGAAGGUCCAGAGCGCUGCUACUCACCAUGAUGAUGUUCAAAUGGGGAAUAUUCUGCACAGCGAAGGCAGACAUAUGUUUGUCUUCCCCAUGUCAGAAUGGAGGCACAUGCAUAGAAGCGGUGGGUGACUAUACAUGUUUAUGCCCAAAGGAACCACUUAUCUAUGUGGGUAAAGACUGUGAGCUACUGUAUGAUGCUUGUGCCCAUGUCAACUGUCAUAACUGCAUCAGCACUCUAGGAAUAGAUAACUACUUCUGUCCAUGUCCAGAGGGCUUUGGAGGCCCUGAAUGUACUCAUAACUUGGACAAAUGUAAGAGCAACCCAUGCACUGGAAUAAAGAACCGCUGUGUGGAUGCUGUUAAUGGAUAUUCCUGUCACUGCCCUAGCGGUUACAGUGGCGAGGACUGCCAGACUCAUGUGAUGGACUGCUCGGAUAAUCCCUGCUUUAACAAUGCAACCUGCAUACAGGUCUCACACGGCUAUGAGUGCAAGUGUGGUCGUGGCUUCCAGGGGAACUACUGCGAACAUGACAUUGACGAAUGUCUGUCUCAGCCUUGUCAGAAUGGUGCCAUCUGCCUUGAUGGUAUAGAUGUGUACCACUGUUUCUGUGUGCCUGGAUUUCAAGGUUACAACUGUGAGAUAGACAUUAAUGAAUGUGCAUCCCAGCCCUGUGAGAACAAUGGAAAGUGUAAUAAUGGGAAGGACCGUUACAUCUGUGAGUGUCUGAUAGGGUUCACAGGAGUGAACUGUGAGGUCGAGAUCAAUGAGUGUGAGGAGACUCCAUGUCAGAAUGGUGCUACAUGCCAUGACUAUGUGGGGCUAUACACAUGCGAGUGUCUACCUGGGUUUGAAGGCAUUAGCUGUGAGGUGGAUAUCAAUGAGUGUAUCAGUGUGCCAUGCCUCAACAAUGGCUCAUGUAUUGAUUUGGUGAACAGGUAUAAGUGUGACUGCAGUGGGACAGGGUUUGCUGGGCCAAUCUGUGAGGAGGAGAUUCUCGAGUGUGCGUCUGAGCCCUGUCAGCAUGGAGCCACAUGUCAUGAGGGAAUUAAUCAAUACAUCUGUCAGUGCUGGCCAGGUUAUGAGGGGAAGAACUGUGAGAUGGAUGUGGAUGAAUGUGAGGCCCAGCCUUGCGAGAAUGGUGGCAAGUGUUUCCAGCGCUCUGACCAGAGACAUUAUGGGGUCUUGGCGCAGCUGGACAUGUCUUUCAGCUAUGAUUAUGCUGCCGGGUUUCUGUGCAAAUGCUUGUCUGGCUUUAGAGGUGAAAACUGUUCAGUUAACAUAGAUGAUUGUGAAUUUGCACCAUGCCUAAAUGGCGGAAGCUGUGAGGAUCUAAUUAAUGCAUAUCAAUGUUUUUGCUCUCCGGGGUUCACAGGGUUCAUAUGUGAGGUGAACAUUGAUGAGUGCAAAAGUGCACCUUGUCAGAAUGGUGCCUUGUGUGAGGAUGUAAUUAAUGACUAUGUCUGUCACUGCCCUAUAUCUGUACCUGACCAGCUGCCUUGGGGUGGCCGUAACUGUGACAUUGCUUUGACUGGCUGUGUGGAUGAGCCCUGCAACAAUGGAGGCAUAUGUGAGCCUUUCCUACAUGGAGACAAACACCUUUUUAGGUGCAGGUGUCCUUCUGGCUUCUACGGUGACAACUGUAGCAUUCCCACCACUUUCUCAUUCUCUAAAGCAGCCUAUGUCAUGGUGGAUGUUCCUUACAAUAAGACUUAUGACAGUGAGGCAACCAGUGUUUCACUGCGGUUCAGGACAACUUUACCAGAUGUAGUGCUAUUCUUCAGGGGAAAUGCACAGCAUUUCUUCACACUGGAGAUGAUUGGUGGAAAUCUCCUUGCUACAGUAGAAUCAGGGGACUUAAAGCUGGUGGUGGAACUUCCUGGGAAUUUUAACAAUGGAUUGUGGCAUGCAGUGUCUGUUUCUGUAGAUGAGAUGCUGGUUCUGAGUUUAUUAGAUAAGAAUUACACAUAUAGUGAGAAGACACAUCACAAUCACCAUCUUUUUUUUCCUCCACAUUGUCUGGAGAAAGUCUACAUUGGUGGGGUCCCACAAGAUUAUCUGAAGAAAACAAAGACGCGGACAGGAUUUGUUGGUUGCAUGGAGGACUUUGUCAUCAGUUCUCAGCUUAUUCUGCCCCAUAAUUUCUCCCAAGAGAAUGUCAUUUACAUCCAACUGGGCUGUGAAAAGCCUGAAUGGUGCCAUCUUGAUUCAUGCUCUCAUCAAGGACAGUGUGUAGACCUUUGGACUGAAUACAAGUGUGACUGCCACAGGCCAUUUUAUGGAAACAUCUGUUCCUAUGAGUACCCUUCAUGGACAUUCAGCCAUGAGCAUAAUAGAAGCUUUGCUGCAUUUCCCAUAACUCGGAGCCACGCUGGUAACAUCAGUGUAUCAUUUUUAUUGCGAACACUGAAAACCAGUGGCCUUAUUCUCCAGUUGAAACGAGGGAAUCAGGCAUAUUUCUCAGUGUUCCUGAGGAGAGGCACAAUAAAUGUUGCUGUGUACUCUUCUAUUAGAGAGAGUUCUACAUUCAUCGCAGAUGGGGAGAAGGUACUGAUUACUAUUGAUGUCCACGGAGGAUUUUUAUACUUCAAUCACGCAGAAAUACUUUUUAGACCUGCGACUUUUCCUGAGCUUGAAGUGCAGGCAGGAGAUGUGGUAUAUCUUGGUGGACUUCCUGAAGAAGAUGAUACAAUACCUUGGGGUGGCCAUUUCAAAGGUUGCCUACAGGACGUACGUCUGGAUGACACUCAGCUCUACAUGAGCUUAAACAAAAUAAUCAAAAUACAUGAACAACCAAGCUACUUAGCAGAUAUUUCACAUAACUUGCUGGAGCACUGUGUCAGUGACGAAGUAUGUAAGGGGACACCGUGCUUGAACGGAGGAGAAUGCAUGAUUAAGUGGAAUGACUUCAUCUGUUUCUGUCCACUAAACUACACUGGAAAGACAUGUGACAUUCAAGUGUGGUGUGCCAGCAAUCCAUGUGUUAUGGGUAGCCAGUGUGUGGACCUGCCUGAUGGAUAUGAGUGCUUGGCCAAUGCCACAUUUGAAAACAAUGCUUUGACGUACAGUGCCAGCGGCACGUUAGCUGCUCCUGUGACAUUGGUUUCUGUGAAACUACGGACUCGUACAGAGAAUGGCACACUUCUUCGUACUUCCAAUGGCCUAGAGUUUUUUUACAUGGGCCUCCUGAAUUCCUUCAUACUGGUCAAGAUCCGUAAUAGCAAAACCCAGGAGGUGCUGGCUUUCUACAGUGAGGUGGAGGUUUCAGAUGGAGAAUGGCACCAUGUGGAGCUCAGGAAGACAGGUUCACACUAUGCUUUGUCUCUUUGGAACCUCACUGUCGAUGGGCAAGUGGCAGGUUUGAGCCAAGCAUUUGGUGACAACUUUGAUUUCUUUAACCAUUCUACCGUGUGGUUGGCGGAGAAUUUCACCGGCUGUCUUGGUGAAGUCAGGAUAGGGGGAGUGUAUCUGCCACUGGUGGGGGGCAUUCAUGAAGAAGCACCUCAGUUUUCACAAUUUAUCCAUUAUGGCAGCACAAAGGAGCCACUAAUUGGGUGUAGUGGUGCACCCUUGUGUCUCCUGCAUCCUUGUUUGAAUAACGGCUCAUGCCAAGAUCUCUUUAAUCACUAUAGCUGUGACUGUGCCCCAGGCUGGCAGGGUGAAAACUGCCAGGAUGAUGUCAAUGAGUGCAUCUCUGGGCCUUGUGUCCAUGGGACCUGCAGGAACCUUCCUGGGGAAUACCUGUGCCAGUGUGCCCAGGGCUACAGGGGAAGGAACUGUGAUGAGGAUGUGGAUGAGUGCCAAGUGCUGCGUUGUGAGAACACAGGGUCCUGUGUGAACACUGUGGGUGGAUACACUUGCAUCUGUCCACCAGCACACAGUGGUCCACUCUGCCAAUGGAGCUUCCCUCCACUUCAGUGUGGAGUAGAUGUGCAGUGUACUAAUGGAGGAGUCUGUAUGGAUGGACCCUGGGGGGCCAACUGUACCUGCAAUCUUGGAUACGCAGGAGAGAGAUGUGAAAUGGACAUAGAUGAGUGUGAGUCCAACCCUUGUCUCAAUGGAGCCACCUGCAUAGAUCAGCAGAAUCAAUACCUUUGUGAGUGCUUGCCAGGUUUCAGUGGAGAUAACUGCGAGGCUCCUAGGCAGCAGAAGAAGGAGAGCAUCCCCUGGCUUGUAGUGGCAAUCCCACUGAUAUGUUUGGCUGCUUUGCUGGUCGUGGCAGGUUUGGGUUGCAUGAUGCUCACUGCACGUAGGAAACGGCAAUCUGAAGGCACCUACAGCCCCAGCCAACAAGAGGUGGCAGGAGCUCGUCUCGAGAUGGGCAGCGUACUUAAAGUGCCUCCUGAGGAAAGGCUGAUUUAACCUUUAACUUUAAUUAUAACAAAAAUGUACUUAAAGGAUUAACCUAAUAUGUAGUUCCCUUGAUGCCAAGCAGUAUUUGAAAUCACUGUGAUCAUCACUAGGCCUUGUGACAAAAAACACCUAGGGGGUGUGUCAAUAUAUGAGGUAAAAUAGCACAAGCACUCUGAGUAAGUAACUGAAAUCCUAAGACUUUUUUAAUAUUCAUACUGUGUGGCAUAGUUGCUAAAACAUUUUACCAAAAUUUUACCUAUAACUACAAAAAGAAUGCAGUUUCAAGACUCAUUGAUGCGUGAUAUGCAUAUAUUUUGUAAAAUAAUUGUAACUCCUCCUUUUUGUGCAUUUGAUUUGCAUUUUUAAAGAUUUUUUCAGGUAUAUAAAAUAUAGAUUAUGUGUUCAAAUUUUUGUAUUUUUUUUCAUUUAACUCAAAAUCUCAAUGCAGAAUGUAUUUUUAUAUUAUUCAUUUGGUGAAAGCCAGCUACAGCAUUCCACUGCCACAUCGUUUCUUUGCUUUAAUCCACACUGUAAUAUCUGUGAAUAGUGGUUUACAUUGUACUCAUAUCCUGAACAGCAUAUACUAGCUAACAUUACAUAAAUUUUUUUUUAUUAUUUAGUAUUUUUUAGAAUUAUUUAAUAGUAUAGUUUCUUUUCUCACCACCUUAGUCUAAAGACACUGUAAAUAUUGGGUUUUUUUAAACACUGGACUAUUUUUUUCUAUUUAUAAUGUCACAUUCACUGGAAAUCUUUCGGAAAUACACAAUCUAUAAUGAAAAUGUGAUUAUUGUGCCUGUAUAUUUUGAUUGUUAUUAUCUUUCUUGUUUAGUAUGCAAUGGACAUUACAGUGGAUAUGUAAAUUAUAUCUAUUAAUCUA